UGUGUCAACCAACCAAAACAAACCCCCUGUUGCGAACACUCUUUCUCCCUCUUCUCUCUUUUCUUUCUUGUCAUCUCUAUCAAUUGAUUAUUCAUAUUGCUCUCCUCAUCCCGAUACCCCACCAACCCAGGAACAACCGUCACAAUGACCGACCACCACGAAGAUGAUCUCGCUGCCUCCAAGACCGAAGGUUUCAAGGUUGGAGAGAAGAAGACCAUUGAGGAAUAUACACAACUGGACCAAAACGACGAAUCCCUCAACCGCUGGAAAGCCUCCCUGGGCCUAAACAGCGGCGAACCUAUCGGCGACCCUAACGACCCCCGCAAAUGCAUCAUCAAGUCCCUCGCCCUGGAAGUCGAAGGCCGUUCCGACGUCCUCAUCGACCUCUCCGCCCCCGGCGCUCUCGAGAGUCUCAAGGAUAAGCCGUUCACCAUCAAGGAGGGUUCUACGUUCCGGAUCAAGGUUGUUUUCCAGGUGCACCAUGAGGUGCUGAGCGGUCUGAAGUACUUGCAGGUGGUUAAGAGGAAGGGUAUUCGGGUUAGCAAGGAUGAGGAGAUGUUGGGAAGCUAUGCUCCCAACACAACGGGCAAGGUCGACUACGAGAAGAAAUUCAAUACCGAGGAGGCUCCUUCGGGCAUGAUGGCCCGUGGCCACUACAACGCCGUUUCCAAAUUCGUUGACGAUGAUGACACAACUCACCUUCUGUUCGAAUGGUCGUUUGACAUUGCCAAGGACUGGUAGAUUUUUGAUAGUUAUUUAGCAUUGAACUUUUUCUCUUUUCUUUUUGCCUUUUUUGAACUUAUCGUGAGCAGCGGUUUGUGUUUUAAGCCAUAUACGUCUGAAACGAGUUUCCUUCCAACGUUCUUGCGCCUAUUAGCAACAUU